AUGCCCUCCUCUCUGGAGUCCCGGAGCACUGGGACAUUCAACUCCAUCACCCGCAAGGGCCGUCCGUCCGUCGAGAUCACGCUGGACGGUGAUGUCUCCUCCCAGUCCCGCGGGAUAAACACUUACACCACCCUUGACCCCAUCGAGGGCAAGGUCGUCAUCAGCGCCGACACCGACGUCCGCUUCGAUCAGAUACACAUCUCCUUCAUCGGCGCAGCCAGGACCUUGAUCGAACGCCCCGGAUACGCUGGUCCCACCGUCGGCCAGUCGUCCGCCUUCCACGCCUUCCUGAGACUCACACAGCCAAUUGAAGAAUCCCAAUACCCCCAGCCCAGGGUCCUCGAGGCCGGGCGAAAGUACUCCUUCCCCUUCACCUUCGUCGUCCCGGAGCGAUUGCUGCCCCAUGCUUGCAAGCACGAAGUCAAUCAUCCUCAGAUCCAGGCCGCUCACACCCACCUCCCGCCGUCCCUGGGCGGUCACACCCUCGCCGGCCGCGGCGGCUCGAAGCUGCUCGACGACAUGUGCCCGCAGAUGUGCCAGAUCCAGUACAAGAUCCGCGCACGGGUGGCCAGAUUCGACCUGCCCGAAGACCAGCCACCAAAGACACUCGUCGAGGUCGUCAGGAAGGUCCGCAUCGUCCCUGCGACCGACGAGGAGCCGCCCCUCGACGUGGCUGACAGCAAUGAAGAGUUCCGCAUGCGUAGUGAAAAGAUCGUCAAGAAGGGUACCCUACGCAAGAAGUUCGGCCGCAUCGCAGUCGCAGCCGCUCAGCCAAAACCAUUCCGUCUCCCUUCUGUCCACUCUGAGAGCUCUGAGAAUGUGUCGCCAGCGACCAUGGCGACGCUGCACGUACGCUUCGACCCAGAUCACGAACACCAGACGCCGCCCAAACUCGGGUGCCUCUGGACGAAACUGAAAGUCAACACCUUCUUCGGCAUCGAACCCUGGUCCGACUUCCCCAGCCGCUCUUCGAAGCUGGCCUGGAACUACAACAAGGGCGUCUACACGGACACCCUCUGUCUCGCCUCUCGCUGCGUGGCAUCCGCAACGUGGCAGAAACACACCACGUCCGCUCCCCCUUCCCCGUCCUCCUGCAGCAGCAGCCGACGCUCCUCCAUCCAGUCCAACUGGACAGACGGCUCCCUCGUCGGCCCAACAGCAUGCUUCACCGGCAACACUUACUACACCGCCACCGUGCUCGUGCCCAUCUCCCUCCCUUCGCACAAAGCCUACGCCCCGACAUUCCACUCCUGCCUCAUCUCACGCACCUACUCCCUCGAUAUCUCUCUGUCCUACAAUCCUUCGAGCUCCAGCACCUUCACCACCCGGCAGACCAUCUCGCUGUGCAUCCCCGUCCAAGUCACCGGGCAGGAGAGCCUCACGGCGGUGGUGGCCAACCGCGCGAGAGAGGCUAGUGCGCAGAGUGCUGCAGCGGACGAAUUCUUCACUCCGCGAGUCAUCACGCCACCGAGCCCGGAGUAUGUCGGGCAAGCAAGACUCGAGGGUAUGAGUAUGCUCUCUGGUUCGACAGCGUCGGCGCCUCCAGAGUAUUUGAGCUUGCUGACAACGUCCGCCCAUUAAGUUCAAAAAAAAGGAAGGGAAAAAAAGGGGAAAAAAGUGCCUUACUUUGUCUGGUGUUUCUUUCUCUGCAUGGUUCGGAUUUUUUUUUUUUUUGUUCUUUUAUCAGGAUGUAGGGUCUCUGGGAGCUCGUUUUCGGCGAACAAAAAAUUGUUGUCUUUGGUUUCUUUAAUCUGCGAAUGUUCGCAGCUCUUCGUCUUACUCUUAAUUAACUAAUGCCCAGCAGACGGUUUAUGUGGACCUGUAUCUAGAUGAUUUAUUUUUUUUCCCCCCAUGUUUGAUACCCCCCCUUUGCUUGUGGCCAUAGUUGUAACUCAGGCAGUUACGGAGUACUGUAUAGUUAAUUAAAUACUCUAAUAUAAAGCUGCUUUUACGCGUAGCAGAA